AUGUUUUCGACAACUUCAAGCCAUGUGGAUGAAAUCCAACAUAUAUCACCCGAGUCUACUGGAAAAAGUUUGUCGACUGAGCCUUCCAUUCAUGAUACUGUUGAACCCAAUGAUGCCGAUCAGUCCAGGGAUAAUGUUGAACUCAAAGAUGCCGAUCAAUCCGGGAGUACAAAUAUUGAAGGGGCCGAUAUCGUUGAGGAGCCAAAAUUGGGAAUGGUGUUUAAAUCUGAAAAGGAGUUACUUUCUUACUAUAAACGAUAUGGGCAACAAUCCGGUUUUGGGAUUAUGACACAAAGGAGUCAUAGGUUUGAGGAUGGGAGCAUUAGAUAUGUCACAUUGGGUUGUGCUCGUGGUGGGAAGGCACGAAACCGUACGACAAAUGUCGCGAGGCCGCGUCCGACAUCAAAGACAGAAUGUAAGGCACGGAUAAAUGUGAUGUUUAAAAAAGGGGUGUUGAAGGUGUCGAGUGUUAACAAUUCCCAUAAUCACGGCCUAAGUCCACAAAAGUCAAGGUUCUUUCGCUGUAAUAGAGAAGUGAGCGAGUCUGUUAAGAGAGUGCUAGAUAUAAAUGAUCAGGCUGGGAUCAGAAUGAACAAGAGUUUUGCCUCUCUUGUACAAGAAGCGGGUGGGUUUGAGAAGUUGCCAUUCACUGAAAAAGACUGUCGUAACUAUAUUGACAAGGCACGCCACCUUCGACUUGGAAAAGGUGGAGCUGGAGCCCUCAGUGAGUACUUUACUCGGAUGCAAUAUAAGAAUGACGGAUUCUUUUCACUAAUGGAUAUGGAUGAUGAAGGGCGGCUGAGGAAUGUAUUCUGGGCGGAUGCACGAAGUAGGGCGGCGUACAAAUAUUUUGGAUAUGUCGUCACAUUCGACACGACAUAUUUGACAAACAGAUAUGGGAUGCCGUUUGCACCGUUUGUUGGUGUAAACCACCAUGGCCAGUCAAUUCUAUUGGGGGCUGGAUUAAUUUCUAGUGAGGAUACAGUAACGUUUACAUGGUUAUUUCAGACUUGGUUGACUUGUAUGAAUGGUGAAGCUCCCAAGGCUAUUAUCAUAGAUCAAGAUAGAGCCAUGAAAAAUGCCAUUAGUCUCGUCUUUCCAAACAGCCGACACAGAUUUUGCUUAUGGCACAUCUUGAAAAAAUUGCCAGAGAAGCUAGGUUCACAUGGUGCAUACAAAACUGGUUUGAAAAGUCAGUUGCUAAAUUGUGUGUAUGACUCUGACACAAUAGAAGAGUUUGAGGGCUCUUGGGAAGUGUUGAUUACGAAGUACAACUUGCAGGAGAAUGCUUGGUUGAAGAGUUUAUAUGCUGAGCGUACGUAUUGGGCACCGAUGUUCAUGAAACAAUUCGAUAAUGCAUUGAGGAAGAAGAUUGAGAGUGAAAGUGAGGCGGACUUCCAAUCAUUCAACGUCACAAUUCCCGUCGUCUCUCCCUCUCCACUUGAGAAGAUUUUUUAG